GGAGUUUCAAACAAAAUUACUAUCGUAGUACUCAUGUUAAUUUUAUGAACGUAAAAUUGAACAAGUGAACACCGGUUUGAUUUUGAUUCUGUCUUUGGCGUCAGUGCUAAAAAACAACGUGCGAAAGUCUAACUUUGAAAAAUGGAAAAUGAAAUCGUCGAAGAUGCUGAGCCCUCCAGUAGUACAGUAACUCAAAGGCCAAAUAAAAUCAGAAAUAAAAGAUCUGAUGGAGGUAGACCUUCGAGAAGCGAAUUUGAGAUUAUCAGUGAAAAAUUGAGAUCAAUUCAUUCCCCUCUUAUAGACUUGAAGCCAAACCAUUAUGAAAAUAAGUUUUUGGGACGUUACAGAUUAUACAUUAGUAACAUUUCUACUUCAGUAACAAAAGAUGACUUGGAAAAGGCUUUCAAACCUUUUGGAGAAAUAAAUGAUGUGUUUAUUCAACCCAAUAAAAAUUUUGGCUUUGUCAAAAUGGAUUAUUAUCAUAAUGCCCUCAGAGCUAAAAAAGAAUUACAUGGUACUAUAUUGAAGGACCGUAAAAUUUACGUAACUUUUUCUCCUCAAGCCAGCAUUGUGGUAAAGCAUUUGUCUCCCUUUGUUUCAAAUGAACUUCUUCAUGUAGCCUUUUCUGUAUUUGGUGAUAUUGAGUGUUGCUUCAUUAUAACCGAUAGAAGGGGAAAGUCGGUUGGAGAAGGAGUGGUCGACUUUGUCAAGAAAAGUUCAGCAGUUGCAGCUAAAAAGCAUUGUAGGGAAAAACUGUUUUUUAUAAGUUCCUGCUUGAAACCCGUUACUGUUGAAGACUAUAUUUCUCCACCAGAUACUGAUGGAAUUCCAGAAGAAACGAUUCGAAAAUCACGAGAGUUUUAUCAAGAUCGAAAAGCAGGUCCUAGAUUUGCUGUACCUGGCUCAUGCCAAUACCAAUAUGCUGAACUAUUUAAAGAGGUAUGGGCAAAAUACAGGUUGAAAAUGGAUAUGCUCAAAUCCGAACAAGAAUCUGAAGAGCAAAAGCUAGAAUUAAACAUGAUGCGUGCACAAUACGACGAUGAGACUGAACGCCUAAGGGAAAUGAUACGGCAGCGGGAAAUAGAAAAAGAUAGAUUCUGCAAAAAAUUUGAAGACCAGGUCAGGCAUACCACAAGAGAUUCUCAUUUGAUGGAUGAGGCAACUAAAGUGGAAUUCAAAGCUCCUGAUUUGUUUAUGCAGGCCAACCAACUGAAUGAAAUGUUGGAAACCGAAGAGAGAAAUAUACAGGAGCAGUGGAGAAUUGCAGAUUUCAGAAGUGAGUAUGAAACAAACUCUUACCCAAAACAGGAACAAUAUCAUGAUGAAGUCAAGAAUAAUAAUAAUAGAAGAAAAAAUCCUGAGGUUAUAAUUCACUGCCAGAAGAGACCUCGUUUCUAAAGUGGUUAUCUUUUUUGUUUUGUUGAGAAAUCAUUAGAUGAUUUAUAAGCUACAAGUAUUGUUGUUUAGUUGGAAUGCUUCGUUUCGAAAUAUAUUGUAUUACGUUCGUUUGAAAUA